UGUAGUUUCGCCGCUUGGAAAACAAAAUGGCAGCAGUGUCAGCCUUGCGUUCGCCUCAGCAUCUUUCUUCAUCAAAUAAUUUAGUUCCCGACUGGACAUGUCGGGAAGUCAGCACGGGGACCACAAUCAUGGCGGUGGAAUUUGACGGGGGUGUUGUAAUUGGUGCAGAUUCCCGCACAACUACCGGAGCCUAUAUAGCCAACAGAGUGACAGACAAGCUCACCCCAAUCCAUGAUCGCAUCUUCUGCUGUCGCUCUGGCUCUGCAGCGGAUACACAGGCCAUUGCUGAUGCUGUGACUUACCAGCUUGGCUUUCACAGUAUUGAAUUGGAUGAGCCUCCAUUGGUCCAGACGGCUGCCAAUCUGUUCAAGGACAUGUGCUAUAGGUACAGGGAAGAGCUGAUGGCUGGGAUCAUUGUGGCUGGAUGGGAUAAGAGGAGAGGCGGACAGGUGUACACUAUUCCUGUGGGAGGCAUGUUAACUCGACAGCCUGUGUCAGUGGGCGGUUCAGGCAGCACUUACGUCUAUGGUUACGUGGACUCAAACUAUAGACCUGGCAUGAGUAAAGAGGAGUGCCUGAAAUUCACUGCAGGAGCCCUGUCUCUGGCGAUGGAGAGAGACGGCUCUAGUGGUGGAGUAGUACGUCUGGCUGUCAUCACAGACCAAGGUGUGGAGAGACAGGUUAUACUAGGCAAUCAGCUGCCAGUGUUUUCCACUGUCUGAUAUACACACACACACACUACAGCUUCCAGUCUCCACUGUAUCUGUGUGUAACGGGGUUAUAUGAAACUGAAGCACCCCAAAGCAUGUUAAAUAACUUGUACUAUUCCUGUUUUGACAUUCUUAUUAAAAAAUGGAGUAAAGUUGA